AUGUCGUUCUCUGAAGGCAAUUGGGGAGAAGAAUCCUUCGAUCUGUCAGAAAAUGAUGGAUUCUUAAAUCUCCCAGAGGGAGAAUUUUUCAAUUUGUUUGAAGAUAGCACGGGCAAAGUUGAUGAGCUCUCGAUCACCAACAGUGAAGAUAAGUCUUCCAGCAACAAGUAUUCUUCACUUGAGGAAGACAUAAAGGGAAUAAUUCUACAAGGGACUGUAGAUAAGCUUGGGGGGAAUUCAGUGAAAUCCAACACAAUCUCUAGAGGGGAGGCCGAAUCAAUUGAGUCUGAAGUUGGAAGUCAUUUGAUUAUGCCAGUUGAUACGCAUCUCGAGGAGGUGAUGAGAGGUAACCAAUACUGCAAGGUACCGAAUUCCUUAUUACAAUCUCUGACUACCAUGUCUCCAGUCAUGUCUCCAUCAGAAAUAAAACAGCAUUCUAGGUCUUCGGCAAAGGCUUCUUCCUUCAGUGAAACUUCAAAUAUCAUGACACCGUUACUUGAACCUUCUUCCUCUUCACCAGUACCUUUCCUCUCGGCCAAAAAUCAUAGAUACAACGGAGAUAAUAGAGGGACCUCGUCAUCCACACCGACACGUUCUACUAGACGAAGAAAAAAGAACGGCAUCGAUAGAAUCAUCGAGGAGCACGACAAGAGGGUUGCGGAGAAGGCUGCAGCCAAAAAGGCUAGUUCGACUUUACUGGGAUACAGCGGUAUCCAGAAAAAUACACCGUCAAAGAAAGGACAUAGAUAUUCUGGAAGUCUCGAUGAAUCUCUAGGGAGAUGUCAAAUCGAACGUUCAUACAAUCGCCAUCAUUUUCCAGGUUCUUUGAGUCCCCAAAAUGAAUACCAGGUCAAUGUUGAUGGAUGGCAAGCUCAUGAAUUCCAAGACAGAGGACGUGUUCAGCAAAUGCACCAAAUGCAACAAAUGCAACGAGGGCCUCCGAAUCUAAACUCUUCUCAACAGAUGGACCAAAUUCAAGCAAUUCCUCCAAACCUAGACAAUUUUGAGCAAUUCAGCCAUGGCAAGAUGUAUUCUGAUCCACAAAACUAUGCCACCUCAAAUACAGAACAACAGACACCAUUUAACAGACAAUUUCAGGCUAGUCAUCACGGCCAGUUUGAGCAUCAGAAAACUCCCAUGAGUACAAAAUCUUUCCAGCAACUGGGCCAACAAAUUAUGAACCCAUACAUAGAGAGGGUUCACAACCAGAAUUUGAAGAGAGAAAGAGAGGCCACAGUGCACACUAACCAAUUAGCCAUUUCUCACAAUCAACCACUGCAGUCACCCCUGUUCAUAAAUCCACAGGAACAAAAUCACUCUUUCCAGCAAGUGGGCCACACGCUAAAUAAUUCAAGCUUCUCCCAUAUUAAAUAUCCGUCCGUCCUAGAUGAGCGGCAUUUACCAUUAUUCCCAGAGAGAAAUUCUUGGACGCCACUAGCAAACGCCAAUUUACAUGGUCAGGCUCGCAAUCAAUGGCAGACACCCGCUGUUCAAGAACCACAGUUUGGAACUCAGCAACACACAAAUGUAGGCACACCCGCAAAAGUUGAGAUUAAUAAUUGUGCAGCAGCUAACAUCAUCCAGAUGAGCAAUGGUAUAUCCAAAACCUCAUUCCCUUCGUUUCCACCCCCAUCUUUUACCUCUGAACAACAUAGUGACCAACUAUUAGAGCCACGUCUUGACCCUCCUCUUCCCACCUCUCCUCCAGCAAAUACACACCUCACACAUAGGCCAAGGAAGUGA